AUGGAGGAUGUCUCGGCCACUUGUCAAUAUCAAGUUGUACAUAAUGCGGCAGAAAAGUAUCCAAAUCUAAUACUUGUUUAUCUAUUGCCUCAGGUGGAAUCCGAGGUACAAUCAAAUCGCAACUUGUUUCCUGAUACAGGAAAUAAUUUUGUGCCAAAUACUUCUUCUAUGGAAGAACCUCAACUACUAUCAAAUCAAAAUUUGGGUUUUGGUCCGAGAAAUAAUUUUGCAGAUAAUUAUACUUCUCCUGUGGAAGUAGAACCUGGACUAAUAUCAAAUCCCAAUUUGGUUUCUGAUCAAAAAAAUCCUUUUAUACCAAUUGCAUCUUCAAUGGUGGAAUCUGAGUUACAAUCAAAUCACAGUUUGGUUUCUGAUACAGGAAAUUAUUUUGCAACGAAUACUUCUACCAUGGAAGAACCUCAACUACUAUCAAAUCAAAAUUUGGGCUUUGAUACGAGAAAUUAUUUAUUUGCAGAUAAUACUUCUUCAAUGCUGCUACCACAUCAAAUUGGAUUCUUAAUGGUGAGGAUGAAUAUGCUGGUUGUUUUUAGUAUUACUUAUAAUUGUGCAUGAAAAAUAUAUUCACAA